AUGAAAAGAAGUAAUCCAGCAAGUAAUUUUCCUAGUGAUUUCGAUGUUGUUAUGCUUGAAGGAACAGAUCAUUCAAAUGGACUUGAUGCUUUAAAUAACCAUCCAUCUAUUAAAAGAGUCACUCCUCAGAAAAUUGUUCACAGAUCUUUAAAAUAUGUUAACUUGACAGAACCGUUUAAAUGUUCAAACCUGACUUGCAACAAUUAUAACACAUGGCAGUCUAGACAUUUUAGAAGAUCUGGAUUAUCAAUUGAACAAGCUUGGCAAUCACCGGGGCGUCAUACAAAUAGGCGUUUAUUAAGAGCCAUCCCUCGUCAAAUCACUUCAAUUUUACAUGCUGAUGUUUUGUGGAGUAUGGGAAUUUCAGGUCAUGGUGUUAAAGUUGCCGUUUUUGACACAGGUUUGGCUAAAACUCAUCCUCAUUUUAAAAAAGUAAAAGAAAGAACCAAUUGGACAAAUGAAAAAACAUUGGAUGAUGGGUUAGGACAUGGAACAUUUGUUGCUGGAGUGAUUGCUUCAAAUAAGGAAUGUUUAGGUUUUGCUCCUGAUGCGGAACUUCAUAUUUACAGAGUUUUUACUAAUAAUCAAGUAUCAUAUACUUCUUGGUUUUUAGACGCAUUCAACUAUGCCAUUCUUAAAAAAAUCAGUGUUCUUAAUUUGAGCAUAGGAGGCCCAGAUUUCAUGGAUUAUCCGUUUGUUGAUAAAGUCUGGGAAUUGACAGCUAAUAACAUAAUUAUGGUAUCAGCGAUAGGUAAUGACGGACCCCUAUAUGGAACGUUAAAUAAUCCCGCCGAUCAGAUGGACGUAAUUGGAGUGGGUGGAAUUAAUUUUGAAGAUCAAAUUGCGAAAUUUUCCUCACGGGGCAUGACAACAUGGGAAUUACCCCAAGGAUACGGAAGGGUAAAACCAGAUAUAGUGACUUACGGUUCAGCAGUUCGAGGAUCAAACACUAAAGGAAACUGCAGAACUUUAUCUGGCACUAGUGUGGCAUCUCCUGUCAUAGCUGGAGCCAUAACACUUUUAGCCAGUGGGGUUUUACAUCGAGGUAAUGUUAUUAAUCCUGCAAGUAUGAAACAAGCGCUAAUGGCUUCCGCUCGCCGAUUACCCGGAAUAAAUAUGUUCGAACAAGGACAUGGCAAACUGGAUUUAUUGAAGGCUUUUCAAAUUUUAAAUAGUUACAAGCCUCAAGUAAGUUUAAGUCCUAGUUAUAUUGACUUAAGCGAAUGCCAGUACAUGUGGCCAUAUUGUACUCAACCAUUGUACUACAGCGGAAUGCCAACUAUUGUCAACGUUACUAUUUUAAAUGGAAUGGGUGUUUCUGGCAAAGUUUUAGGAAAACCCAUAUGGUCUCCAUAUAUUCCACACAAUGGUCAAUAUUUAGAAAUAGCCUUUACUUAUUCAGAUGUAUUAUGGCCUUGGUCCGGUUGGUUGGCAGUCACUAUAUCUGUUUCAAAAAACGCUGAAAGUUGGGAAGGAAUUGCUCAAGGCCACAUUACUUUAACCGUCGAAUCUCCUCCGGAAGACAACGAAAGCGAACCUCGCUCAUCUACCGUGAAACUAUCAUUAAAAGCUAAAAUCAUUCCUACUCCUCCAAGGCAUAAACGUAUAUUAUGGGAUCAGUAUCAUAAUUUAAGGUACCCUCCGGGAUAUUUUCCUCGUGAUAAUUUAAAAAUGAAAAAUGAUCCGUUAGAUUGGAACGGUGAUCACAUUCACACUAACUUUAAAGACAUGUAUCAACACAUUCGUAAUAAUGGUUAUUACGUGGAAGUGUUAGGCUCGCCCUAUACUUGUUUUGACGCUACAUUGUACGGAACUUUGUUACUAGUAGAUGCAGAAGAAGAAUACUUUCCUGAAGAGGUAGCUAAACUAAAGAAAGAUGUUGAUAAUGGUCUCUCGCUUGUUGUUUUUGCAGACUGGUACAAUGUAUCUGUUAUGAAAAAAGUAAAAUUUUACGAUGAAAAUACUAGACAGUGGUGGAUGCCAGAUACAGGGGGUUCAAAUGUACCUGCCUUAAACGAUUUAUUAUCAUCUUGGGGAAUAGCUUUUGGUGAUAAAGUUUACGAAGGAAAUUUUAAACUGGGAGAUCAUGAAAUGUACUACGCAUCUGGUACAUCGAUUGUACAGUUUCCAGAAACGGGAAUACUGACAAAAGUACAAUUAAAAGAUCAAGGAAGAGAUUUUUUAGGAAUACCUGAAAAUUCUUUAGAAAAAAUACCCAUUUUAGGAUUUUAUCAGUCGGCGUUCAGUGAGAAAAGUGGAAAGGUUAUAGUUUAUGGUGAUUCCAAUUGCUUGGACAAUAGCCAUUUGCAAAAAGAUUGCUUUUGGAUGUUAGAUGGAAUUUUAGAUUACACUUCUACUGGUCAUUUACCAUCAAUUUUUAACAACAAUGAUUCUUCAGGAAUUAAUCAGAUUAUUCAAUGGCCGCAAAGAAUGGAAGGAAAUCGUUUACAUCACUAUUCAAAAGUACUAGAAAAUUACAUGAGUGGACCUCAAACAAAAGAUUUACCUCCUUGUCCUCAUUUAACUUGGGCAUUGCCAGAGCCAUUAAAUUUAUCAGCUCCAACAAAUCUUUACAAGGCACAAAAACUUUUAUCUGUUGAUAUUGAAUCUCAACUGACUCUCUGGCAAUUUCCUGUUUUAAAAGGAAGCCAAACUGAUGAAAUUAAUAAUAUUUGGGAGUGGAAAAAUAAUAUGAACACUUCAGAAUCAAACCUCGCGUCUUAUCCUACCCUUUUGUUAAUUAUAUUACUCUGUGUAAUUAUUUAUACAGCUUUUGGAUUUCAUAGGCAUAGAAUGCGGCCAAGAAGAAAAAAAUCCAAAUUGAAGAAAUUAUUAUCUGUUAUUAAUUCAGGACGCAUUCCUGCUGUUUAA